AUGCUGAGGCUGCUGCUCCUGACCCUGCUAAGUUUACGCACAGUGUGGACAGCGAGGUUCUCCCAGGAGCCAGCGGACCAGUCGGUGGUGCGGGGCCAGAGGGUCCUUCUGUCCUGUGUGGUCUUCAACUACUCAGGCAUCGUUCAGUGGACCAAAGAUGGACUGGCUCUGGGCAUCGGCGAGGACCUGCAGGGAGAGCGGAGGCAGCAGAGGUCACUCCUGAUCCCAGACACACAGCUGUUUAUUAAACUGCCACAGAUGUCCACAGACAAUCCCUCUGCGUUCUACCACAGAGACCUCUUCUCUCCCACUGCGCGGUCUCUCUCGCUGUGA